AUGAUAUUCUGCCACGACUUUCUCUUCUCAUUAACACAGUCUGGAGAGUACAGCGAUUUUACACUGGUCUGCAAGGAUCGAGAAUACAAGCUACAUCAAGUGAUUGUUUGUCCACAGUCAUCGGUCAUAACGGCUGCUCUCUCUGGUGGUUUCAAGGAAGCUACAACCAAAGUCCUCACUGUGAACGAGUUCGAUGUCUUCACCGUUCACUAUAUGAUAGCAUUCCUCUACGUAGGACAGUACGCCAUAUGUUCUGAAAGGGCGCCCAAAUCAGAUGACGGAAACAACCAGAACGACACAGAAGAGUCAAAGUAUUAUAUAAAAAAACCCGAAGAGGAAAAUGUCGAUGAUCUGAUCUCUCAUCUACGCGUCAAUGCAAUCGCCGACUACUAUAAUAUUGAAAAGUUGGCUAAACUUUCGACCUCAAAGAUCAAAGCCUUCCUAGAUAAAGGUCAAAGCGCCGAGGUUUUCCCACGGAUUAUCCAAGAAGUAUCAACUUCAAACAGAGAUCCCGACAUCCACUCAAUCGUCGCUUCAGCCGCGGUCACACAUAUUGAGAGACUCUGUGAUUUGGAAGCCUUUCAAGACAUGGAUCUCGACGGCAACCUCACCAUGGAAAUGUUUCGUGCGUAUACCAAAAAGAUAAAGGAACUUGAACGUCGCUUGGAUGAUGCGCAACAGAAUGUUGUGACAUACCAGCAACUUCGAGACGAUGAAAUAAAGGCAAAGGAAUUCGUUAUCAAGCGUAUGGACAUGUCUGUGGAGUUGCUAUCAAACACGGAGGAAUGCCGAAAUUGCCAGGAGAAUUUUGGCUGUUACUUUGAGAAAAAGGGUCCGGAGUUCCGACCUUAUUAUCUCUUGCGUUGUGGACAUUGUGACUGUCGACAUAAACACGAUCAGAGCUACUAA